AAGGGCGACUUGGACAGCGCGGAGCCGCUGUACCGCGAGGCGAUGGAGGGGCAGCGAGAGACGCUCGGCGACCGGCACCCGCAGACGCUCACCUCGAUCAACAACCUCGGCAUGCUGCUGGAGGGCAAGGGCGACCUGGGCGGCGCGGAGGCGCUUUGUCGCGAGGCGCUGGUGGCGAGCCGAGAGACGCUCGGCGACCGGCACCCGGACACGCUCCUCUCGAUCAGCAACCUCGGCCUGCUGCUGAAGGACCAGGGCGACCUGGAUGGCGCGGAGGCGCUCAAGCGCGAGGCGCUGGAGGCGAGGCGAGAGACGCUCGGCGACCGGCACCCGGACACACUCGGCUCGAUCAACAACCUCGGCUCGCUGCUGUACGCCAAGGGCGACCUGGACAGCGCGGAGGCGCUGCUCCGCGAGGCGCUGGAGGGAAACCGAGAGACGCUCGGCGACCGGCACCCGCAGACGCUCACCUCGAUCGACAACCUCGGCUCGCUUCUGAAUGAGCAGGGCGACCUGGACGGCGCGGAGGCGCUGUACCGCAAGGCGCUGGCGGCGGGGCGAGAGACGCUCGGCGACCGGCACCCGGACACGCUCAUCUCGAUCAACAACCUCGGCGAGCUGCUGAAGGACCAGGGCGACCUGGACGGCGCGGAGCCGCUGUGCCGCGAGGCGCUGGAGGGGAAGCGAGAGACGCUCGGCGACCGGCACCCGGACACGCUCACCUCGAUCAACAACCUCGGCUCGCUGCUAAAGGAAAAGGGCGACCUGGACGGCGCGGAGGCGCGGAUCCGCGAGGCGCUGGAGGGGUGCCGCGAGACGCUUGGCGACCGGCACCCGAGUACGCUCACUUCGAUCAGCAACCUCGGCUUCCUGCUGAAGACGAAGGGCGACGUGGACGGCGCGGAGGCGCUGUACCGCGAGGCGCUGGAGGCGAGGCGAGAGACGCUUGGCGACAGGCACCCGCACACGCUCGCCUCGAUCAGCAACCUCGGCUUGCUGCUGGAGGACCAGGGCGACCUGGACGGCGCGGAGGCGCUGCUUCGCGAGGCGCUGGAGGCAAAUCGAGAGACGCUCGGCGACCGGCACCCGCACACGCUCGCCUCGAUUAACAACCUUGGCGCGCUGCUGAAUGCCAAGGGCGACUUCGACAGCGCGGAGCCGCUGUUCCGCGACGCG